GUACCUCUACACGACUCGCACCAUGGAAAGCAAGCUGGCUCUGCUCCUUAUCGUGGGAUUGCUGUACGCAGUCCACCAAACAUUCGCUGACUUCAAUGAAAAUCGUAUAACACCUACAGAAGAUAAGCUUGCAUCCUUGGGUCUUAAAUGUCUGCCUGGACGUACUGUGCUUAAACUCGAAGACUUAGGCUUCGGAAAUGAACUUCUCAAAAACGUGGAGCAAGAUUCUGGUGAAAGUUCUGAGGAACAGAAGCUAGACAGGAAGAUUGAAAACGACAAUCGUAUAGGAGGCGAUACGGUAACUGAAGCUGACGGACACAUAUCUGCGGGUGAUGAAACUAAAGAUAAAAGUAACGGUGAAGGUGAAAACAGAAAUGAAGAUAGAGGAGAUGAUAGAGAUGCUGAUGUCACUGAAGAUGAAGGGAACGAAGUCGAAGCCUUUGACGAGAACGACGUAGUUCGAGAUAACAUGCUAAAAAAGGGAGUUACGAGAAGGUCUCACAUGAAUUUCCAAGCCCAAAAAGACGAGUCCUGCAAGGUGUGCGUUUGCUCAGUUGAGGGAAAAGACGAAUAUUGUUCUCGAAGACCAGCUAUGAAUGUUAACGAGUGUCUUAGAAUGGCCGAUAUUAUGGAAAACUAUCAGAAAAAUGUUCCAUUCGACGUUACAAAAGUAUUAGCGUACAGAAUACGGCGUGGACAAGGAGGGUCAGCAUUCAAGAACCAAGCGGUACAAUCGAUGUCAGGAAUUCAUUGUAUGCCAUUCGUCUCUGAAUACUCCGAUUGCACAGAAGCAAACCAGUGCUCCGGCUGCACGCGCUGCACAUGCAACGCACAAGGUAACUGGUUGUGCCGGGGCGUGCGGGAGUGCCCAGCCAAGUCCAAGUUUAUUGGUGACACCGAAAUGGACAGCGCCUUGAAGUCGCUUUACAACCAGCUAGAUAAAGACAAAGGAAACUUAUUGGUGCCCGCGUCGCAGCUUAGUUCUCCUAAAUCUAACGAAGAUCUUUUACUAGAUGCAAAUGAUGAAAUUGAGCAGAAAAUCGUUGAUUUAAUGAACCAACCGCGUGCGAAAAGAGAUGCUAUUAAGUCUCCCAUUUCAAUCAAACUAUCUAAGGAUAAGAAGAAUUUGAAUCAAACCAUCAAGUUUUAUAAUACUGUCGAUGACAUGAAUGAGAAUACUCUAAAGCACACAAAUAUAACCGGAACUCUUCGGGCGUCGAAAAUUGCUGCAAAUAUUUAUUCUUCUCGAAGAACAAGCUUUCAAAGCAACCUAAACAUUACAAAUGGAACUGAAGACCGCCCUUUGCAAAUUGAGCACAAUCAGCAAAUAUAUAAUCAACACAUUGCUGAUAAUAAAAUCGAUGAGACAGAACACACUGAAGACCCCGAAGUAAUUAUUAAGAAAGACAUUGAAAUUGGAAUAGUCACUAAUCAAACUCAGAAGGAAAAGGACGCAGAGCUAUCGAAGAUUCUUGUGAAUGAACUUAAAAGUGGAAAAGAAAUGAUUGGCGACGAAAACGGUCCAAUAAUGUCUAAUAUUACUUUUACACCUGAAAACGAUACUCUAACAGCAAUGGCAUUUAUUGCCGGGAACUUGUUAAAUAAAUUAUGGAGCAUGCAAAAAGACAAUAGUGAAGAAAUUAAUAUGCGAGAAUUGGAAAAGUUAAAGCACGAAAAAAUUAACGACCUAAUUGAGUUGUUUAAGGAACCUCUUACGCUAAGACAGGAAUUAGUAUUAAAGAACGCCUUAGAAAAACUUUCCCAAGCUAUGGACCAAAAUCUAGAUCCUAACAAUAUAACUAUGUGUGAAAAUAUUGCCGAAGUGAAACGUCUCUUAGAAGAUGCUAGGAAUUCAAGUUGGCAAUUCCCUGUACAUAAAUCCAAUACAUCAAAAACGAUCGGUUGUGAACAUGUACAUGACGUUGAAGACAAUAAAAUUAAUGGUACUAUAGAAGCAAUAUCUAGAAUAAAUAAAGUUUUAGAUUUAGUGAAGAAAUAUGAGGCGGUUAAUAAACACUUGAAUGACCUUAAGAGAAACAUUCCUAAUACAGAUAACAAGACAGCUAUAAAAGAAAUAACGGUGCCUGAGGUCAAUAACCCAACAAUCAAAGAAGUUAGUUCUGAUGAUCAUGAUUCACUGAACUUAUUUGGUAACCUUUUAUCGAAAAUAACUAAGUUAUUGCUUCCAAAUCAAAUAGGGAAGAAAUUAGCGAAGAAAAUAACUAAACAAAAUAUAUAUACUACUGACGAAAAUAAAAUAAAACAAAAAAUUAAGGAGUUGUAUAAGUAUGAUCUCGGUAACGCGACAUUGUCUAUAAAAGAUAAGUUAAUUCUAGAUUACUUGACAAAACUUGAAAGUAAUCCUCGCAUUUUAACCGAAGAAAUGGAACCCCCUCAAACAAGAUUAAGUGUGGAAGGAGAUAUACUACUCAAUUUGUCUGAAUUUUUUAAGAUUAAAUCUUUUGUGGAUUUACUAAAGCAUUUGGAUUCGAAUAAAGAAAGUACCACGGAGAUGUAUCGUUCGCCAUUAUUCUCAGUAGUGAGGUCCAUGGAAGAACUAACAGAAACGUAUAUAGAAACAUUAACUACAGUAGCGCCCAAGGGCCAUAAGACAGCUGUUGAUGAUCAAAUAAAUGAGGAACUUGUGGGUGACGACCCCAAAACAGUCGAAGCAUUGAUAGAUGAAACUACAGUAGAUCAGUCGAUUACUGAAAGUGCCGCAAAACAAAAUGCUCUUGAACAAGAAGAAAGAGAAGUUGAAGAAGAGAUUGCAACAGAUCAAGCCAUUACGGACAUAUCAUUAACUACUAUGCAAAACGUUAAAAAGUUUGAGGAUACUAAAGCUAAAUUCAAAAGUCAUCUUAAAGCAAUUUUGGAAGAUUUAGUGGAAUUACAAAGAGAAUACGGUAUAAAUACUAAAGACGGGGAAUUGAGAAUUGCAGACGCUCUUCCUUGUAUCUAUAAUAUUUUACAAGCUGAUAAACAACUAGACGGCGUCAUACGUAAAAAAAAUGCAACUACCACAAUUAUAAACCCUAUGCAGAGAAUAGCUGCCAUAUUUGACUCGUUAAAAAAAGAAUUGAAAGAACAAACACCAAAAGACAACCGACGUAUGAGCAAAAUUGACUUAUAUAAACCAAGACCCAAAUCAGCUCUUGUUUGGGAACGAUUUGUCAAAUCAAUGGAUGACAUGGAGGUUACAUCGCUCCGUAGAAAUGAAGACAUCGUACCAUCGAAAACUUAUGAUGAAUUAAAGGAAAUGAUAGAUAAUAUUGAGACUGUAGAUGGUUCUAAUACGUAUAAAAUCAUCGCUUUGUACCAUGAAGUGCCACCUGCAGAUAAGUUGAUGUUAUUGCAAACACUUUACUUAGAUGUAAAUAAGUACUUAGAAGUGUUGCCUGCCAUCAAAUCGUCUAUAGAUAUUUUGAAAGAUGCAACUACUCAGCAGAAAACCGAGAUAUUCAACUUUGUGGAAAAUGCUGCAAGUAAAAUUAAUUUAGAUAACAAAAUUGUAUUUAGCUUGGAAAUGAAAAACAAGACCAUACCAGCCAUGCCAGUCAUAUUAAAUAAUUUCAAGAGCAUUACUUCUGAUGAAGUUAAACAAGAUAUAUCCCAAAAAAUAGAGGUUCAAAGACCUUCUUUCUCAUUGAACAAAUAUGAGAAACCUUACAGAACUCCUCCACCUGAAAACUUAAAUAUCCAGACUUCAUUUAAAAGCAAGGACAACAAGAAAGUACAGAAACCAGUAUCUAUUACCAGAGAAGAAGUAUUAAAUCAGCUUGUGAAAAACAGAAUAGAAUUAUACUUACAGGCGAAAAAGGAACGUGGGGACAAAACAGCCCUAAAGUAUAAUAUAGCAAGAAAUAUUUUGCAAAACAUAGAGCUUGGUAAUUAUGAAAUAGCACGAGAAUUGUACAAAGCUUUCGCGCAGACGUCAGACAUUAAGCCCGCAGUGCCUGUAAAACCUAAACAGAUGCAAGUGCCUCCAAAAGUAAAAUUGGAAAACAGUCGACGACAAUCUAUCGCUGAAAAGGUUCCUCUGGUAGACUUUCAAGAUCUACUGGGUAACUCAAAAAAGUACAAGGUACUCAAUAGAGAUUUUAUGCUGAAACAGCUGCUGGAGUUCAAGAAUAUGAAAAUGGUCAAAUAGUAGAUUUUAUGAUUAUAUUGAAUUUUUAUAUUUUUUCUAAUAAAAAUAACGUGA